GUGAGCCAAUCAAAUCAACGAUAGUUUGUGUCAGUGAAGUGAAAAGACGUUAAACAAAAAUAUCGAUAAAAUGAAGAGCGCAUACUUAUUAGCGGUUCUGAUUUUCGGUAUUGUUAGAGCGAGUGAAAUCGAUAAGGAGAAAUCCCCUGAAGAAGCGUUGAAACGAGGUUUGACGAACAAAUGUGUGCAGAGAGAGACAUCUUCGUGUAUAGCCAUUGAAUUGGUUGGCUACGUGGAUCGGAUGCUCAGGACAGCAUCCUUCCAGCUCGGAGACGAUGUUAUGAUUGUUGAUGAAAGUCAUGGAGCCGCAGCUGAAAUCCCAAUUAAAUCAGAAACCCUAGCAAGAGCCGGUACAUCACUCGAAGACCAGGCGCAGCAGUUCAUCAUGGACAAACUGUGGCACUUCGUCAGCUCGCGGUCUUUGAGGUACAGGCUGCUGAAUGAUGCAGACCUGGUGAUCUCUGGCAAACAGGAGAAGGACGGAAGCCUUGGUGUUGGUGUAUCAAUGAAACCCCCAAAGGUCUUCGAAAGUGGAAGAGGCCGUCAGAAGCCGUUCGGGCCUGUGUUGGCCUUGGCUGCCCUUAAAUUCGGAUUAUUCGGUGCCCUGACCUUCAAGGUCUUGGCCCUCAUGGUCGGAAAGGCCCUACUGAUCUCAAAGAUUGCCCUUUUACUAUCAACCAUCAUCGGAUUGAAGAAGCUAUUCUCUUCUCAGGUGACCGACUGAUCAUAUUGCAUGUUGCAUGUUUCAUUAAAUUGUUUGAACCGUGCAUGUUUGUUUUUCUUGACUGUCAAGACU